GUGGCAGAGGCACAGCGACCUGGUGUGCCCGGGACCCUGGGUUCUGUUCCCGGUACAGAGACUGCCUUGGGGAAACGGGGAUGGGAAGACAGUGCAGGGGCCAUACCUGGGAGAGGUGAACGCUGCGUGAGGGCCUAACAAAGCUGCAGUGUGACCUGCUCUGUCUGAGCUGAAGCUGGGGCUCACAGGCCCCGGCCCAGGACUGGGUCCCAGAAGACACUCACUGCACUCAUCCCCCCUUCAGAAUAGCAGUCCUGCUGUCUCCAGCCACCCUGGGCAGGAGACAUUCUGAAGACACUGUAGCUUUUAAAAAAUUCCCCUUCUGCGGCACUUCCUCAAAAACAGCUAUUUAGCACAGGCUGCCCGGGACCUGGACGGUAGUGCCAGCCUCGGCCAGAGCGCGGUUGGAUGAGACGUCUGGGGAAAGGGCUGCCUGCUUUCUGGGUCUUCAGUUUAUUGAUGAAGCAUGGCUUGUGUUGACCAGGACAGGCUGGGGCAGGCGUUCGAAGAUGCUUUCGAGGUCCUGAGGCAGCACUCCACCGUGGAUCCAAGUUCCUCCCCAGAUUACAGGAGCUGCCUGGCCCUGCUGAACCACUGGACCCCGCUCAGCACCAGCCCCGGGGUGCUGUCCGCAGAGGACCCCGUCUCCAUCGCCAGCUGGCGAUCCAUCCUGAACAGUGCUGUGGACUUCUAUUAUCUUGAAGGAAAUGUUCACCCAUCUCUGCAGAGCACAGCUGGACAUCAGCCAGGGGCCCCCACACUGUCCCAGCCAAGGGGCGGAAGAGGCCGGAGGAAGCCGCGGCUGUUCGAGUACCUGCAUGAGUCGCUGUGCGACCCCGAGAUGGCCUCCUGCAUCCAGUGGGUGGACAGGGCCAGAGGCGUCUUCCAGUUCGUGUCCAAGAACAAAGAGCGGCUCGCCGAGCUGUGGGGCAGGAGAAAAGGCAACCGAAAGCCCAUGACCUACCAGAAGAUGGCCCGGGCUCUGCGGAACUACGGCCGCACCGGGGAGGUGACCAAGGUCCGCAGGAAGCUGACCUACCAGUUCAGCGAGGCCACCCUGCAGCGCCUGGCCCCUGCCCUCCCAAUGGGCAAGGAGGUCCUCUCUGUCCCGGGCACACAGCCCCAGCAGGGGCACCCGGCUUUCAGCAGCUGGAGCGCCGGGCUCGGCCACCUGCACGCCGCCUACCCCGGGCCAGGCCACCCCGAUGAGGACGCCCGCCCGACCCUGGCUCGGGGCUGGCCUAGCCACUAAACCACCUGGGAUGACCUGAGAUCCUCCCGCCUCAGCCUUCCCCCAUGCCUGGCUGGAUGUUUCCCUGGAAGCAAAUUCAAUGAAUUUUCCUUGUCUCUAAGGCCCACGGCCCGGUCCUGCCAACUGUGGUGUGUUGGGAAGACUGCAAAAAAACAUGUCCAUGUGGAGCACACACCUUCCGAAGCAGCUCGGGGAGUCCGAGAACAGUGUCCCCCGAGCUGACUGCGGGGCCAACAUCUCAUUCCCGCAGCUGGUACCUCAGAACCUCUGGCUUAUUCUCCAAGGAAAUGUGACCAUCCAAGGGAAAUGGUUUGAAAAAUUUGGGACAUGGAGGCUGCCACAGCAGUGCCACAAGAGGAGCCAGACAGGCAUGGUGGCCCGUCCCUGUAAUUUCAGCACUCAGGAGGCUGAGGCUGGAGGAUCACAGAGUUCAGGGCCAAUCUGAAUCUCAUUGCCAAGAAAGCCAAAGUUACAAAGACGUUGCCUUGCAGUGAUGCCCGCCACACACGUCUGUAGAAUGCAGGUCCUGGUAGCUGAAUCUUGGAAGCCGCCAAUAUGUCUGCCAACAGAUGGACAAAAAAUGUGUAGCAUUAUGUUUUUAUGUAAAGUGUUGAACCCCAGUGAGCACUACCUAGCCACAAAGGGCAAACUUGAGCCAUGUCAGGGAUGGAUGUACUCUGACAACUGAAUGUUAAUAAGUCAGACACGUGAGCUUCAAUAGCUCGUGGUCUCUUAUGAGCAAAGGAGAAAUAAUUUUUUAAGUCACGUGACAAAACUAGAAAUAAUUUAUAGAAGAAAAUAAAAAUAAUAUGAAACAUCCCAGAGAGGAGGGGACAGGUAUAGAAGAAAUCAAGAUGUGUGUGUGGACCAGGUCCCAUGACCAAGGUUGUGCACUGCAACACGUACUAGUAAAGACAAGUAAAAAACAACACAGUAUAGACACGCAAUGGAGUAUUUCACUGCCACCAAGAACCAAAUGUCAUUUGCAGGAAAAGGGCUGGAUCCUAAGACCACAGUGCUAAAUGAAAUAAAUCAGGCACAAAAAGACAAUUAUUCAUUUUUGGGUUUUGUUUUUUUCCGAGACAGGGUCUGUGCUAUGUAACCCAGGCUGGCCUUAAACCUGUGGCAAUAUUCCUGCCUCAGCCUCCCGAGUGCUGAGAUGACAGGCGGGUGUCCCCACAGUGGUAUUCGCCUGUUUCUAAACCAGGCUGUUUGUUUUCUUGUUUUUGAGUAGUCCUGAGUAUUUUUGGUAUUGGUCUGUACAGGAGCCAGGAUUUUCCAGUGUUCCUUCCUAGGGUGUGGGCUGUCUUUCCUGGGACCACAGUCCCAUGCCUUUCUGCUGUGGUUGCUGGUGUUUUGGGGGUCACAUCCCAGAGCUCUCGUCCCAGGGCCAGCGUCCUGUUCUUUUCCCUGUUUGCUUGCAGCAAAGUUAGGAGUUCAGCCCCGAGUCCCAAAACUUCUGACUUUAGAGUCUGGUGUGGCAGCAUGCACCUGCAUCCCAGCUCUCAGGAGGCUGAAGCAGGAGGAUUGCUGCAAGUGCAAAGUCAGCCUGGGCUCACACUGAGUUCGAGGCUGGUCUAAAGUACACAGAGAGACCCUGGCUCAAAAAAACAAACCUAAGAAGGCAGAGCACACAGACAGACUGGAGCGGGUGGCCGAAGGCAGAGGGGGUCCCGUGCCAGAGUUAACUAGGAGGAACGGACACCCAUGUUUAUGCAGCACAGUGACGCAGUCAUCUGCACAUUUCCAAAUCGCUAGGACAGCGUUCUUGCCCCUGAGAAAUCAUUAGUUUCCGAAGGGAGCUGCCAGUGACCGCUGGUGACCCACAGGGGCCACCUCACAGCCCGUGGACCUCGCAACAGGCAGCAGCGACCAUGGCCAAGGGAGAGACCUGACUCCGGAUCUCCCUGCCACUUUGGGUCCUCAACCCUCGGUGCCAAAGGGGCAGAGGGGCAGCUGGGUGUGGCUGUGCGCUCCUGUCAUCCCAGCACUGGGAGGCUGAGGCAGGAGGAUCGUGGCGAGUUCGAGAUCAGCCUGGGUUUCAAAGUGAGCUCAAGGCAGCCUGAGCUGCACGGCGAGACCCUGUCUCAAAAAGACCAAAAUAAAUAAUAAAGGGGCCGCGGCUGCCCUGGAGGACAGCGCAGAGGCCGCGCCCCCUCUAGCCCCCGCAUCUCUUGCUAUCCUACAACUCAGCCACUGGGGGGUGCUGUUGCUCCAACCUUGAACAAGGUCUCUGCCCUUCAAAGGACACAGCAGAGCCGAGGUGUGGACGCUGGGCACGGAAAGCGCUGGUAAGGGUAGGGCAAGGACCUGGCCAGUCCUGGUGAGCACCUCGACUCGCAGCACUUGGGAGGCUGAGGCAGGACGAUCGCCGUGAGUUCGAGGCAUAGCCAGACCCUGUCUCAAAAUACAGAUACGAAAAGGGGUGACCCUGGCUCGGCGAGGGGCCUGGCUUUCCUCGCAGCACCCACACGUCGUGGCCGAAAGGAACCGGCCGCCCAGGCGCCUUCCCCGGCCUCCCCAGCCCCCGCAGGGCCGCUCCCCGCCCGCCAGCCCUGCCGCUGUGCCUGGGCCCCGCCCUUCCGGCCACCCGGGUCCCUCUCCUGCCACAGGAAGGACCAGGAGCGGCCUCUCUGCCUUUCCUGGGCCCUGUGCUCUGUGCCUCGGCCUGUGCUCCCCGGUCCUCCAUCCUGUCCUUUCCGUCCGGGGACAGCAGAGUGAAACCCUGCCCAAGGGGAAGGGCUGGGGGGGGGCUGACUUCACCCCCGCCCCGGCUCCGGAAGGCGGCUUCCCAGGACGUGAUUUCUCAGCCCAUGUAUUAAACUUUAAAUAGUUCCUCCUUUUAUGAUUUUAUAAAUGAAGUCCUAAUUUCGUUUUCUUAAUUUUCUCUUUUUUGAGACAGGGUCUCUCAAUGCAUUUCAGGUUGGUGUUGAAUUCACAAACUGGCCUCAAAUCUGCAGCGACCUUCCUGCCUCAGCCUCCUGAGUGUUGCAAUUACAGGCAUGCACCCCCACGCCCAGCCAGUCUGAUUUCUCAUCCCCUGAGUGACCAAAUCCCGAAUGCUAAGUCCCCUCUUGGAUGGCUCCCAGGGCUGGGGAUGCCGCCUGGGGUGGAGGCCUUGUCCCGGUUCAACCCCCACCUCAGGGUAGGGGUAGUGGGGUGGCUCCUAACCCUAACCCAGCAGCACCCCAGGGGCGGUGCGUGUCUGCAGAACUCGCUGGCCACGCGGGAAGGGCCCCUUGCAGGCCGUGUUAGUUUCGCAUCGCUGGAGGCUCUGCUUACACCUUGGGGUUGGGGGGGGUCCCCGUUUUCCUCCUGGCUCGGGGCCUGGGUUCGCAGUCACUGGCUCCGGGGCAGCGAUGCACGCGCACGGGAGGCGCGGGGGACAGGAGCGCAGCGCCCGGGGCGCAGUCGCACCCAGCGACCCAGCUCCCGGGCCUGGUCUCCCGCGGGGCGCUCCAGCAGAACGCAUCUGAUGGAUGCAGGAAUCAGACUGUGACCCGGCCCGUCGAUCGGCCAGCACCCCCACCCGGGCCCGCCCUGGAUCCCCAGUCCGGACACAGCGGCGUGGGGGCCGUUUAGGUCUACGGAGCGAACUGAGCCGGCACUCGGGCGCCCCCUGCGCGGCCUGGGAGGCCCUGGGGCGAGGGCUGGCGCUGCCGCUCCCCGGGGCCGGGCCCUCUCGGGGCUGCCCUCGUGGCUCCUGACUCGCGGUCCCCUCCCCUCGGGGAGGCGGAGUUUGUGCUCGAUGAGCUCAUCCUUGCCUCCUUUUGCUUUUUCUGCAUUGCCUGUGGCGUCGCUUUGAAUAACAACGUUAGCUGAUUGGUGCGGCACAGUCCUGCGUGUGAUUGGACGAUGGGCUUCCUGACGAGGGAAGGCCCAGCCAAUCGGCUUGCAGCCUGGAUGGAAUGACAAGGGGAAGAAGGAGAAGGCCGGGGGCGUUUCUCUGGCGGAGCUCUGGUCAUUUUUUUUCUCUUGGAACUCAAGAUCUAGCGCUUGCCAGGCUGGCGCUUAUGUCGCUGAGCUAAAUCCCCAGUGCCAGGAGCUCUGGUCUUCACUGUUGCCUUUGGACGUUGGUCUUCUGGUUUCCAGCCACUCCGUGUGGUGCUGUGAGGUUUGCGCAGCACCCCGAAGCCAACAGGUGGACUCCCUUUUGAGCCAUUUGUUUAAUAAUAACCACAGUUGACAUUUACCUGCAGUUGUGUGCACCAGCUGGUUUGCUGCUGAGACACAGUUUAUUAAUUAACCAGUUUAUUGAUUUAUUAUUGUUUUUGUCUUUUUGAGAUCUCGCUAUGCUAUUCAGGCUGGUCUUGAGUUCACUUUGUAGCCCAGGCUGGUCUCAAACUCGCAAGGAUCUUCUUGCCUCGGCCUCCCAAGUGCUGGAAUGACAGGCAUGCGCCACCAUGCCCAGCUCUGAGACAUAGUUUAAAUAACCUGUCUGCCUUCGUUCAAGCGAGUGGAAAGACCCUGAGCUGAGACCCCGGAAGUCUGUACUUUCUGCCUGACGACGAAGUGUUUUGCACUUGGGAGUUGCCACCUCUCCAGCUCACACCUGGGUUUGAGACGCUUUGCUGGAUUCCAAAAAGAAAAGCCAGAUGGGGUCGAGUGAGCUUCCCUAGGCGAGAACGGUGUGGUGUCCUACAGCCAGGUGACACCUUAGGGGCUGGUGGCCAGUACAGUGGACAAUGGCAAAGCACAGGUCUGAGAAGAGACAGGAGAAACUUCGAUUAGGAGGUGAGAAUGCUACCUAGCAACAUUCACCCCCUGCAUAAAUGCGGGGAAGUGGCACCUCAUACCCCACAAAUACGUACUGUUAGUGCAUGUUGCAUUAGGGUUCUAGACGAAUAGAACCAAAGGGAGCUACAAGUAUCUCUAUCCCAGGGGACUUCCUAGGCAGGUUUAUCAGCCACGGAACAUGAGGGGUCAAGGAUGCAGCUCCGAAGUCAGAGGCCUGGGAGUUCCCUGUACGGUCGCUAAGAGGAGGCUGAAGAAACUGGAAUCCAACAUCUAAGUCAACAUCCAAGACCGGAGCCUCCAAAACUGGGCAUAGGGCUCCUUCGGUCCCUUUUUAUGCCGUCUAGGCUAUCAGCCUGUUGGUUGGUACCACCCACAUUCGAGGCGGGUCUUACCUCUCGGUUUGCUGGGCUCCAUGUCAGUCAUCUACGGCCACGCCCACAACUGUGGCUUUUGAGUCUAGGGAUGCUUUCCGGAGCCAAUAAUUGAUGCCCGAGAAGCCGACGUGGUUCAGAUCCAAAGCAUACACGCUCUGUGUGGCAGCAACGCUUGCGUAAUGUCAGGUCCCGCUUCCCCAGCUGGUUUUGCUCUCGACAGCACGGGAGCCGGGCCAGGCUCACUGUGACAAGCAAAGUCGCUCAGAUCCAUAGAAGAUUAACCCGCAAGAAGCUGGCCAGUGAGUUCAUCCACAGCUCAAGGAAACAGAGUUGAGUUUCUUAUAUCCAACUUUUAUGACAUAGGAGAACAAAUACAAUUUUAUAUACAAAGCACAUUUCAUGUCAUUACAGUGGUGCCUUGGUUCACAAACUUAAUUUGUUCCAAGGUUCUGGAGAAGAUGGUUGUGGUCCUGUUUGUCACCAGAUUGAGAAUUUGCAAACAGAAGCAAAUUUUCCUUUUUUUUUUUUUUUUUUCAAGAGAGGGUUUUGUUAUGCCAUUCAGGCCAGCCUUAAAUUUACUGUGUAGCCCAGGCUGGCCUCAAACUUGAAGUGACCCUCCUGCCUCAGCUUCCUGAGUGCUGGGAUUACAGGGAUGUGCAAGGUCACACUGACAGAUUUCUGUCCCCUGAAACACUUGGUUUCUUCUUUUAAGUAAAGCAGGGGGAUCCGGUGGGAUGUUCCUGGCUUCAAAUACCAAAAGUAGCCUCUCUCAAGCUGGUCUAAACGAUAAGAAAACUUCUUGCUGCACAGACUGAGAAGUCCAAGGCAGCAUGAGCUACACUGUGACAUUUUAUCACGGUGGCUUCUUUUCUGGGGACUCAUUUGUCUCCUUCUUGCCAUUGCUUUAUCCUUGGGCAGUGUUAUCAUUUGCGUUUGGAUACUUCCCAAAGCUUCAUGCAGUCAUGGGAGAACCGGCCUUUGGGCUGCAGCUGAAUCUAGCCCUGAUUGGUUGAUCAUCUAGCACUGGUAUGAUUGGUUCAUUGUCUAGUGCUGAGAUUGGCUGUGUGAGUGCUACACCCACCCAGGGGCGGAGCCAGUAUACUAUAUAAGCAGGAAGGCGAGGUAUGUUUUUCUCUUUUGCCCUUUUCAUUGUGCUGCUAUGAACAGCUGCCCCUUAGCCACACAACCCUGCCUUGGAGCCAGUUGAUUAUAAACUGAAACUUACACAAACAUUGAGCUAAAUAAACCUUUCCUUCCUUCA